AUGGGCUGUGGGAACAGUAAGGUGCUGCCUGAGGCAUCCAAGAAGAGCUACGUAAGUGUGGUGCAAUCACUUGUGGCCUUCAGCAAAGCACAUGGUGGGGAUGAUGAUGAGCCAAAGAAGCGUCUGGAGAAGCAAAGGGGCCCUUGGUUUUCCACAAGUGUCAAGUGUCAUCAGCCGCCAUCAAACAGCCAACAGCUGAUAAUCAGAGAUGGACGACAACAGGACAAAGCUGCCAAGUAUAAGGACAAGUUUGAUCCACGUGUGACAGCAAGAUACGACAUCAAGGCUCUGAUCGGUCGUGGCAGCUUCAGUCGCGUUGUGCGUGUGGAGCACAGGGCGACUCGCCAGCCCUUCGCCAUAAAAAUGAUGGAGGUAGAGGCCCCAGAGGGCCGUGAGGUGUGCGCGUCAGAGCUGGCGGUGCUGCAGCGGGUGAGCCAUGCUAAUGUGAUUCAGCUGAUCGAGGUGUUUCAGUUCCCGCAGCGGGUUUACAUGGUGCUGGAACUGGCGACAGGUGGGGAGCUGUUGGACCGUGUUGUCAGCAGGGGCCACUUCACAGAGCGGGACGCUACCCAGGCCCUCCGGAUGGUGCUGGCUGGGGUGGGAUACCUGCACGAUCUGGGUAUCACCCACAGAGAUUUGAAGCCUGAGAAUCUGCUGUACUACCACCCCGGAGCUGACUCCAGGCUGCUGGUGACCGACUUCGGAUUGGCCACUUUUGGUGGCACAAGCAUGGGGUCUGAGGUUUCUGACACUGACAUGAGCAACAGGGGAGAUCAGACAUCAUGGUCCCUGAGAACCACUUGUGGAACACCGGAGUACAUGGCCCCUGAAGUGUUACUUAGGAAACCUUACACCUGUGCAGUGGACAUGUGGGCGCUUGGGGUGAUCACUUACAUCGUGCUGAGUGGAUCUAUGCCAUUUGAGGAAGACAGUCGCACGCGGCUCUACAGAUCCAUAGUGAGAGGAAAGUACAGUUUCCAUGGAGAUCCUUGGCCCUCCGUGUCCAACCUGGCAAAGGACUUCAUCCAGCGCCUGCUGGCGUUGGACUCGGCCACCCGCCUGACUGCUGACCAAGCCAUCCGUCACUGCUGGGUAGUCACCAUGGCAGCCAGCUCCUCCGUGAGGAACCUCCAUCGAUCUAUUUCCCAGAACCUGCGGCAGCGGGCGUCUCGCAGCACCUCCCGGUGCGCGAGCAGCAACGCAAGCUCCAGUGACGCUAACAGCGCAGGCCUGGGAAAGCUAAUGUCAUUAGAAAAAAUAAAAACAGGAGCAGCAUCAGGGCAGAGCAUCUGGACUGAUUCAGCCUCAGAGAGUCAUACAACAUCCAGCCAGAGGGCUCCAGGAGCAUCAGCGCCAUCCAGCUGA